AUGACAUCAGGCAGUUGGGAGUACCUUGGGUCCAUUCUCAAUCCCAGCCAACGCCCACCUGGGGUUUUGUUUCGACCCAAGGUGGUCUAUAAUCCCAACAAUGCUCGUUUCGUCCUGUGGAUCCGCAUCGUGCCUCUGACAAGUAACGGACAAGCCCUCAACUGGACAGCCGAGGGCUACUAUGCAACUGACGCUACCUCUCCGCUCGGUCCCUUCGUUGUGGACUCCAAACCUGUUCAAGUGUCUGAAGGCAACGGUGGCGAUUACGGCCUCUUUGUUGAUGCUGGCACUGACAUUGGAUAUGUGAUUUACACAUCGCACGCCACCAAUGUGCGCAUGGUGGUGGAGCAGCUGGCUCCUGACUUCUUGUCCUCAACCUACAAUCGGUCCGCUGUCUUUGGUCCAGCCUCAGUGGAGAGCCCGGCCUUGGUGGCUCGACACGGCUUUUACUACGCCUUUUUCGGCCAUACUUGUUGCUAUUGCCUGGCAGGCUCCAACAGCCUGGUGUACGUGAGCACAGACCCACUAGGGCCCUAUGACUACUUGACAGACGUCGUCGGCAAUGCCUCAGGCAUUCACGCACAGCUCAACUACGUGGCCCAAACGGGGUUCCUCACCAGUCCCGAUAAAGCCCCCUUGAGUCUACUGUGGACGGGCACGCGCUGGGGCUCGUCCCCUCGACAGCAAAUGCGGAGUGACUACCAGUACUGGGAACCCUUGGUCUUUGAUGACAGCCAGACUCCACCCAUGCCCCAGCCACUCGCCUUUCAGAAUCAAUUUAACACUGUCAUCUAG